CCAAAACUACGAGUCCGCGGCAUGGAGAGACACAAACCGGGAGAAUUUGGUCUAUAUCAGCUCCAAAUCAAACCAUGAUCCUGCAGUGCUGUAGCCAGAGCAGAGCUGACAAAGAUGCAAAGAGACAGAAAGGUGUUUGGUGCUAUCUGCCCUAACCAAAUGGGCCAGCAAGAAAAGAGAGCUGCGGUAAACAAAAAGGAUAAAGUGCUGGUGCCAAGAAGCAGCAGCCCAGUCACUGUGUACGUGGAGCUCCCCUGCAUCAUUGAACAAGCCUUUUCAACAAUUGCAUGGGAUGAUUUGGAAGACUGUGCGUCUGUGGUGAGACGAGAGAGCGACUUCCUCGGUUCUCAGGUGAAUGAAUCUGAUGCAGAUGACCAAGACUUUGGAGAUUAUGCGCUGGAUUUCAUGGCAGAGUCUCCUGCCACACUGGAGAGCAGCCUGUCUCCUGCUGAACUUGUACCAUUUGAAGGAUGUGUCAUACCUCCACUCACCCCUCAGCGGUACUUAUCUUCAGAGAACACCCUGUUUCACACAUCUACAGAAGCAAACAACCCAUCUGCCCAAGAUGGAGCUCCAUGGAAGUGUAUCGCCCAGUGCCAAGGCAGGAUGUUAGGAGAUUCAGUGGAAGUCAACAAUCAGCUCUAUGAGACUCUGCAUAGAAAACAGGAAGAGAUCGACUCCCUUCAGGAGAGAAACCUUCACCUCAGGCAGCUGGCCAGCCGUGCAAAGCACCUGGCCUCAGUGCUUGAAAAACUGAUGACUGUCAGAGACCCACAUAUAAGAGAGCCCGUGCCAUGCGGUGAUAAAACUUCACUGAGUCCCUGUAAGCGGCAGCGACUAGAUGAAGGCUACGAAACGGAGUCCUCUGACUCAGUGGAGGACAUGCUGAGGGACAUCAGCACACGCUGCAAUGCUGUGCUGCAUGGCACAGCUACUGGAACAAGAGUUCAGCAGGAAUCAGAGACUAUACGCAUGUACGGUGCAUUCUCAGGUCUACAGACUUCUUUUUCCAAGGGCAGCAGCACAGCGACGGACAGAGCAGAGCUUGAAGAGAGUGUCUCAUCUUUCAGAACUUCAAUCAGAGAACAUUGCACCAUAAGGACUCAGGUGUUUCCUCAUGGACAUGCCUUCACCUCAAGGACUCAUCAGGGAGGAUACCGCUUUCGCUGGGUUCCCAACCACAGCUGAAGACAGUGUUAACAAAUGUAAAAAUGGUUCCAUUCAUGCUUCUGAUGUAAAAGUGCCAUACGUCUAUUGAAGACUGGAAGGAAGUGUGGGUGGGCAGUGACAGUUAAUGCUUAACUAAUAAUCUAUAGUAAUAUCUGUGAAUGAUUAAAUGAUGUCUUCCUCAGGUAGCUUAUAAGCUAAUCACUCAGAGGUAGAGGCGCCUGACAAAGGAAAUAAUACUGCCUGAGCUUUUGUUUUCUUUGUGUUUCUGUUUACAUGCCU